CCAGUGCAUCCAGAUGAAGGGCCGCGCCGAGAUGCUGUGCUCGCGAGAGCGCUGCCUCAUCGAGGCGGACAUGCUCGAGGUGGCCAACAAGGAGGCGGGCUCGAAGCCCGCGGGGUCGCCGACGGCCGAUUCACCCGGACACGGCGGGGGACAUCGCGGACGCCCCGCCCGGUGGACGGCCGCCAACUACACCGAGUUCUGGGGGCGCAGCCUGGAGGACGGCGUGAGCCUGCGCCUGGGGACGCUCAACCCGUCCGACGUGGUGCUGCACAUGAACCCCCUGCGGCACACGCUCGACCCGCCCAACCUGCCUGCCUCCUUCGACGCGCGCACCGUGUGGCCCGGCGCGCUGUCGCCCGUGCAGGACCAGGGCUGGUGCGGCGCGUCCUGGGCGCUGUCCACGGCCGCCGUGGCCUCGGACCGCUACGCCAUCAUGUCGCUGGGCCGCGAGACGCCGCGCCUCGCGGCGCAGCACCUCCUCGACUGCAACAACCGCAAGCAGCACGGCUGCAACGGCGGCCACCUCGACCGCGCCUGGUACUUCACCAGGAAGUUCGGGCUGGUGCCCGAGUCGUGCUACCCAUGGACGGGCCGCGAGGACAAGUGCCACGUCCCCAAGAAGGCCACGCUGGACACGGCGCGCUGCCCGCUGCGGUCCGCCACCUCGCGCAAGGCCAAGACCGAGCUGUACCGCAUGGGGCCCGCCUACAGGCUGGCCGGCGAGGCGGACAUCAUGAGGGAGAUCAUCCGCUCGGGCCCCGUGCAAGCGACGAUGCGAGUCUACCAGGACUUGUUCUCGUACCAGUCGGGCGUCUACGAGCACAUGCCGAUGGCGGAGACGGCGCGCACCGGCUUCCACUCCGUGCGGAUCGUCGGCUGGGGCGAGGAGGCGGGCGUCAAGUACUGGAUCGCAGCCAACUCGUGGGGCGAGUGGUGGGGCGAACGCGGCUUCUUCCGCAUCCGGCGCGGCGUCAACGAGUGCGAAAUCGAGAACCUGGUCCUGGCCGCCUGGGCGCACACGCACGUGCGCCGGGACCUGGACAACACCAUCACGAUGUGAGCACGGCGUCAACGAGGGCCACGUCGAGAACCUGGUCCUGGCCGCCUAGGCGCACACGCCCGUGCGCCGGGACCUGGACAACACCAUCACGAUGUGAGCCCGGGACGACUCGACUCGUUGACAAGUGACAGUGACGGUGCCGCCGACCCGUGUAGGGAAGUCCGGUCCGAACCGGACGGAUAUUGCCUCGAGGGUAAACUCCUGGCCACGAAGAUGCGGCCUGUUGGUUUCGGAAUCACGAAAAGACUUUGACUGCCGCUCGGCUAGGGUGUUCGGACGGCCCGCGUUCUAAGCUACCUAUCGAAAAGAGAAUGAGGAUCGGCCAGCGAGGGCUCGACAGCUAUAGCACGGCUGGGCUCAUAACACAGUUUUGAAGUUGGUCAGUAAUUUUUCUUCCAUAAAUGUGGCCAAACUUGAAGACUUAUUAAAUUUUGACAAUUUCCUCUAAUGGACUAACAAAAGGAUUAGUUGUCAACCACUGCCAGCCAGGGCCUUCGCAUAAUAUUGUGUUCUCACUUUUUUAAAAUAAUAGAGUCAGCGUUACCGUACUGUUAAUGUGAUGCUAGCUUUAAGUGUGUUCUGUGAUCUGUUUUUUAUUUGUUUUCUCCCCUAAACAAUAGAUUAAGUUUCUUCAGUUUACGAUUUUUGACUUUCAAUUGCCAAGAAUGUUAUCUUCAUCUACUUAUGAACUAAUUAAUCCGUACUGCAAAACACAUUUCUCUUCUUACUGCUCCUUUCUCACAAUGCUGGUCAUUUUCAAUCAAGAGCAGUUCUGACAGAAAGCAGCUUCUAAUAUAGUGAUUAUGUAUUAUAAUAAUAAAAUAAGGUGGCAUUAACUGACUGAAGCAAAGUGUAUCAAUUACUUCUCCCUCAGUAAGGAAAAUUUAAAAUAAAUUAGAUAAAUUGUUUGGUAAUUUAAUCUUGAUAAGCUGUGCAUGAAACAAUACCACAGAGGAAUAGACAUUCACAAGAAAUUGGGAAAUAAAGGCAAACAGUUAAUCCAA